AUGCAAGCUUUGGUUUGCAGCAAAUUCCAUGCAAAAGCAAGGUCCGAGACCCUCCCCCUCAACCACGGCAAUGCUUCGAGCGAGAUCUUGGAGUUGGAGACUGGGUUGUUUGAUGCAAAAGGGAGUGACUUCCUGCUAGACCAGAAGUCACAGUGCAGCGAGCUCUGCGCAGUUCUGCCUUUUGUCCGGCCCGUGUGUAAUCCAUUGCAUAGAAGCAGGAAGUGCGUUAUCACGCAACCUCAGGUCCUGUGUGAAAUGGGCAGGUUGGACAGGCGCGGUUGGGUGGUCAUGUCCAGUCCGACACCCAAGGAGUCGUGCACAUGA